GGCAAGUUUCUCCGGCGGAACGUCCAGCAGGAGUGGCUCUGGCCAAUCACAUGCCGCCUGCCUCAAAAGGAACAUUGAAAUUUCUCAGUGAAUCGGCGAGUGCGACAUAGUGCGACGAGCACUUCAACCAUCCGGUCGUAGUCCGUCCUUGCUCCUUGCGGCCGACCUUGAACGUUCGACCGACCAUGGAUGAACUUUUCGAUGUUUUUGAGGACCAGCCCCAGGCUGUCAAGCCCUCUGACGGAGCUCCCAAACGUUCCAAGAAAGACAAGAGCAAGAAACGUCAGGUCAAUGGUGAUGUGAAGGAAAGUGGUGCCACUGUAGAGGCAAAGGAACCCGUCGCCGUCGCCGAUACCCCCGUUGAAGAGACUUCCGAGCCAGAGGAGGGCGACGCGCCUACGACAGACAACAAUGAACAACCCGAUGCGAAACGGCCGCGACUCGAGAAGGAACCGGAGCCCGUGGUAGCCGACUUGUUCGAGACAGCGCAAGAGCGUGAAGUCGCCGGGUCUGCAGGACUUCAAGCCGCCAAUGAUUCAGCAUCAGUUGUAUUGUCGCAUCAAAUUCGCCACCAGGUCGCGAUUCCACCGAACUAUCCAUAUGUACCCAUUUCCGAGCAUAAAGCUCCCGAGAACCCGGCGCGAGUAUGGCCGUUCACCCUCGAUCCGUUCCAGCAGGUUUCCAUCGCAUCGAUUCAAAGAGAGGAAAGUGUACUUGUUUCAGCCCACACUAGUGCUGGAAAGACCGUCGUCGCCGAAUAUGCUAUCGCCCAGAGCUUGAAGAACAACCAGAGAGUUAUUUAUACAAGUCCAAUCAAGGCCCUUAGCAACCAGAAAUACCGAGAAUUUGCAGCGGAGUUUGGAGAUGUUGGUCUAAUGACGGGUGAUGUUACCAUCAACCCGACGGCUACUUGUUUGGUCAUGACAACGGAGAUUUUGCGGUCUAUGCUCUACCGUGGCUCCGAGAUCAUGCGUGAGGUCGCGUGGGUUGUCUUCGAUGAAAUCCAUUAUAUGCGUGAUGCGACCCGAGGUGUGGUUUGGGAGGAAACCAUCAUUCUGCUUCCAGAUAAGGUUCGAUAUGUAUUCUUGUCCGCCACAAUCCCCAACGCCAUGCAAUUCGCCGAAUGGAUCGUCAAGAUGCACAAUCAACCUUGCCACGUUGUUUACACCGAUUACAGACCGACACCCUUACAGCAUUAUUUCUUCCCUGCUGGUGCCGAAGGCAUCCACCUGGUUGUCGAUGAGAAAGGUGUUUUCCGUGAGGAAAACUUCCAGAAGGCUAUGAGCACUAUUGCGGACAAAAAGGGCGAUGACCCAGCGGAUGCCAUGGCCAAGAGGAAAGGAAAGGGCAAAGAUAAGAAGUUGAACAAAGGUGGAAAUAAGGGCCCAAGCGACAUCUUCAAGAUCGUCAAGAUGAUCAUGAUCAAAAACUAUAACCCUGUGAUCGUCUUCAGUUUCAGCAAGCGUGAAUGCGAGUCAGGUGCUCUGCAGAUGAGCAACCUGGCUUUUAACGACGACUCUGAGAAGGAAAUGGUUUCCAAGGUUUUUAACAGCGCGAUUGAGAUGCUCUCAGAGGAGGACAGGAACCUCCCGCAGAUUCAAAACAUUCUACCUCUCUUACGCAGAGGUAUCGGUGUCCACCACUCUGGUCUUCUUCCCAUCCUGAAGGAGACCAUUGAAAUUCUCUUCCAAGAAGGUCUUAUCAAGGUUCUUUUCGCUACUGAAACAUUUUCUAUCGGUCUCAACAUGCCCGCGAAAACCGUUGUUUUCACAAGCGUUCGCAAAUUCGACGGAUUCAGUCAGCGCUGGGUCACCCCAUCAGAAUUCAUUCAGAUGUCCGGUCGUGCUGGUCGAAGAGGUCUCGAUGACCGAGGUAUUGUUAUUAUGAUGGUUGGCGAAGAGAUGGAUCCCGCUGUAGCGAAGGAGAUCGUCCGUGGUGAACAAGACCGACUGAAUUCGGCAUUCCAUCUGGGCUACAACAUGAUUCUGAACCUCAUGCGUGUAGAGGGUAUCUCACCUGAAUUUAUGCUGGAAAGAUGUUUCUACCAGUUCCAAAAUACUGCCGGCGUUGCCACUCUUGAAAAGGAGCUUGCUGAGUUGGAGGAGAAGAGGGCAAACAUGACUAUCUCUGACGAAGGAACCAUUCGUGAAUACUACGAUCUGAGGAAACAAAUCCGCCAAUUCACCGAUGACAUGCAGGCAGUUAUAAGUCAUCCCAAUUACUGCCUUCCCUUUAUUCAGCCUGGACGCUUGAUCAGCAUCAAGCACAAGGAUGUAGAUUUCGGAUGGGGUGUCGUUGUCAACUACAAACAACGCAAGCCCCCGAAGAACUCGACUGAAGAACCUACACCGUACCAGAAAUAUGUUGUUGACGUUUUACUGAGGAUUGCCGACGGGCCGUCGGUGGGCACUAAGACCUUUGAAGAAUUGCCGUCCGGCGUCAGGCCGCCGAAGGAGGGCGAAAACUCCCGCAUGGAGGUGGUGCCAGUAGUCCUCAGCUGUGUCCACUCCAUCUCUCACAUUCGAAUUUUCCUCCCGAAGGAUCUACGUUCGGCAGAUUCAAAGAAUGGGGUAAAGAAGGCUCUGGAUGAAGUGCAAAAGCGCUUCCCGGACGGCAUCGCUGUACUUGAUCCGAUUGAAAAUAUGAACAUCAAGGAUGAUAACUUCAAGAAGUUGCUCAGGAAAAUUGAAGUGCUUGAAUCUCGUCUCCUCUCUAACCCAUUGCACAAUUCGCCACGUCUGCCGGAACUUUAUGAACAGUACUCAGACAAGGUUGAAACUGGAUCCAAGAUCAAGGCCACCAAAAAGAAGAUCUCCGAGGCUAUGUCGAUCAUGCAGCUUGACGAACUCAAGUGCCGCAAGCGAGUGCUUCGUCGGUUUGGGUUCAUCAACGAAGCGGAGGUCGUGCAAUUGAAAGCCCGUGUGGCCUGUGAAAUUAGCACGGGUGAUGAGUUGAUGCUCAGCGAGUUGCUUUUCAAUGGUUUCUUCAACAAUCUUACGCCUGAACAAGUCGCUUCGGUGCUGAGUGUAUUCGUUUUCGAAGAGAAGUCCAAGGAGACCCCUGCCCUAACACGGGACGAGUUGGCGAAGCCCCUCAAGGAAAUCCAGGCGCAAGCCCGAAUUGUUGCCAAGGUUUCUCAGGAGUCAAAGCUCGCUGUCAAUGAAGAGGAGUAUGUGCAGAGCUUCCAUUGGGAGUUGAUGGAGGUUAUAUAUGACUGGGCAAAUGGCAAGUCCUUCGCUGAUAUCUGUAAAAUGACGGAUGUGUACGAAGGCAGUUUGAUCCGCGUCUUCCGCCGAUUGGAAGAAUGUUUACGACAGAUGGCACAGGCCGCCAAGGUCAUGGGGAGCGAGGAACUUGAGAGUAAAUUUGAGACCGCCUUAACCAAGGUCCGCAGGGACAUUGUUGCCGCACAGUCCUUGUAUCUAUAGACGUACGACUCCUACUACUACAACUACUACCUUACUUCUCUUACAGCGAUAUUACUUUCAUCCCAACCAUCGUGUUUCCACUUGUGUCUGACAAAUUAUCAUGAUGAAUGGUGGUGGUGGCAUUUCCCUGGCGUCGGAGGGCUUGAAAAACAGGGUAUCAUCGUGUGGUUUGCUUUCCGUGUAAUUACUUUACCAUAUGUUUUUAUGGCGAAA